AUGGCCGAGAUACCCAUCAUUGUCGGUGUAGGCGACAUUGUCAAUCGAUCAACGUCGAUCGAAAGCGCAUUUGAGCCAUUACAACUAAUCACUGAGUCCAUUGCGAAAGCUCUCGAAGAUACCGGUCUCGAUGGAGAGAAGCAGAAAUUAUUCCAAGCGGCCAUCGACAGUCUCGACGUCGUCAAGACCUGGACUUGGCCAUAUGAUGAUUUACCGGGGGAUAUUGCCCGCAAACUAGGCGUCAAUCCACGACACAAGCUCUACACCGACCAUGGUGGGAACAAGCCAGCCAAGCUCCUCGACGAGGCAGCAAGAAGAAUAUCCAAAGGACAAACGAAAGUCGCUAUCCUAACGGGCGGAGAGGCUCUAGCAUCAUUGACGGCAUGUGCUGCGGCGAAACAGCUUCCACCACCCAGCUGGACCCAGACCAAAGAGAAUCUGACACAAGUCUUCAAAGCCACUGGCAGAGAUCGUGGCACGCAUCUCGGUCAAGUCCAAGGUAUCACCGACCCGAUCCAGAUAUACCCGCUCUACGAGAACGGCUUUCGAGCCCAUCGUGGUCAGACAUUAUCCGACAAUACCGACGAGUCCGCACAGCUAUAUGCCGACUUCGCCAAGGUGGCCGAGAAACAGGUGUAUGCAUGGAACUAUGGGAAACCGACGAAGACGAAAGAAGAAAUUGCCACGGUCACUAAGCGCAACAGAAUGAUUUGUUUACCGUAUCCGCUCCUGAUGAACGCCUUCAACACCGUCAACCUAGCCGCAGCAUGUAUCCUGACCUCAACGAUAUACGCUGAACAACUGGGCAUACCGAAGACAAAAUGGAUCUAUGCCCUUGGCGGCGCUGGCACACAGGACGCUGACAAUUUCUGGGAACGACCUAAUUACUAUUCAAGUCCAGCCAUUGAGCGAUCUCUUGACGCCGGGUUGCAGGUGUCCGGUCUCGACAAGGAGGAGAUCGACCUGUAUGACUUUUACUCGUGCUUCCCCAUCGUACCCAAACUUGCAGCCACACAUCUCAAUCUGCCCAUAAAUGGCGGGCCCAAACCUCUGACUCUCCUCGGUGGCCUGACCAGCUUCGGUGGAGCGGGCAACAACUACUCGAUGCAUGCCAUCACAGAGAUGACGCGGCAACUCCGGCAAGGGAAAGGGCGAAACGGCCUGAUCCUCGCAAACGGCGGCUGGGUAACGUACCAGCAUGUCAUAUGUCUCUCGACCAUGCGCCGUCGAGGCGGCGCUGCUUACCCGGACAAGGCGCCUUUGCCGGAUAGACUCACCGACGUUCCUGUCCCGCCAGUCGAUGUCAAGGUCGAGGGUGAGCAAGAUGCGGUGAUUGAGACAUACACAGUCGAAUUCAACCGCGACAACACACCCCGAGAAGCAUACAUCGUCGGCCGUCUGAAGUAUAGUAGUACAAGUCCUAGUACUAGUCCUAGUAAAAUGGGACAUAGAUUCGUCGCAACUGUAACGGCAACGGCAAACGAAAACGAAAACGAAAACGAAGGCGACAAGGAGACACUCAUGCAGCUCUCGUCCACCACAGAGGAGCAGAUCGGAAAGGUCGGCCGAGUCUGGAACGACGGCAAGAGAAAUCGCUUCACGUUCAAGUCCUUCUCAGGCCUGGGAAGGAAGAAAUUGCCGGCCUCGCCGGGUACUAAACUAUGAAUACCACUACGAGUAGUAGUUGCUGGCGAGCGUCGAGGCACGCACGGCACGGCACUCACAGGCUCUCUGCAAAGUGUACUACUAGUACUAGUACAGUG